AGCCCCACCCUAGCAACGGAGGAGCCUCCUGCAAGCCCCACCCUAGCAACGGAGGAGCCUCCUGCCAGCCCCACCCUGGCCAUGAAGGAGCCUCCUGCCAGCCCCACCCUGGCCAUAGAGGAGCCUCCUGCCAGCCCAGAGCAGGAGUUCAGGGACUGCGGCGCGACCGACACCAGCAGCUCCGCAUUCUCCUGUGGGGCCAGCAGCUCCUCCAUGGGGUCUGGCAGCCCCGUGUUGCUAGGCUCCCUCUUUGGAGACACCCCCAGUGCCCAGGUGUCGUGGCCUGAGGAGGAGGAAGAGGAGGAGGAAGAGGAGGAGGAGGAGCAGGAUUUCUGCCCUGAGGAAGACAUCGUCCUGGUGAUCCAGCAGCACCUGCAGGGCAGAGCUGAGGCUCUGCACAACCGCUAUUCGCGGAGCCUGGACACCAUCCUCAGGGGCCAGCUAACAGAGACCCCCACCAUGGAGAAGCUGCAGCACCUCCUGGAGCACGUCCAUCGCUCUCUCCUGGCAAACAACCCCCAGGAGAGAGCCAGGGCCGUCCAGACCAGCGCGGCCCUGCUCCAGAGUGCCAUCUCCCUGCCUGGAUUUGACACCUCCUCCGCCUUCUCCAAGGCAGGCGAAUUCGUUCUGCAGCUGGGUCUCUGGAUAUCCCACCCAGCCAGUGAUAUCAGUCAGCAAGCCAGGGCUGGGAUAUACUGGCUUUACUGGCUCCUGCUCCGGAAGAGGGGGCUCAACACCAGCGAGGCCCCAGACUUGUGGUGCCGGGAUGGGCUCCAUGACCCCGAGCGCCUGGGGUAUAGAAACCUGGCCAGGGUGGGAGAGGCCUUUGGCGAGCUGUUUACAGAGGAGCAGAAAAGAUCUUUCCUCGAGGCGGGGCUGCUGGCCAUUCACCACCCCCUCCUCCGCGUCAGCCAGGCUGGCCUGGUGCUGACGUAUUCCUUCCUGGGGGAAGCCGGCCAGCUGCUAGAGGACGAGGAGGACAUCGCAGCCUACAUAAAGAUCCAGCUGUUUAACAUCAGGGUCUUGGGCCAGGUGCCCGACGCCCUGCAGGGGCUGUGCUCCGUGGGGCAGCACUGAAGACCCCCCCCUCGCAUGACCAGCUCGGACCCCCUGCUGCAGCCUCGCUCCAGGCCCUCCACCCACCCGCUGCAGCCCUGCCACCACCUCCUCCUCCUGAUCUUCUCCAACCCCUUCAAUUUUGACUGCAUGGCUUCGAUCUUUGUAUGGAUAUGGACAUUGCCUCGUAUUUCUGACCACCCGGCUUCGACCUCCGGCCUGGACAUGGACACUGGCUCCCGUUCUGCCUGCAAACACUCAACACCCAGCAGCAGUAGACAGGCCCCACCAUUAAUCAAAUCCUAACCCCACCCCAUGACCCCUUAGUCCCUCCCACCUGUCUCCGGAAGUCCCGCCCCAUGGGGGUAUUACAUCGUGGUCAAGGCGGCCACAUGACUGGAAGCCAGGUAUGUCAUGUGACCCCUCUAAGAAC